AUGGCUCAGCUGAAUCCCAAACCCAGCCAAGGAACUUUCUUCUUUUGCGUGUUAAUCUCUCUCUUUCUGCUGCACUUUACCUCCUUCCCCAUAUCACAUCUGUUCAGAUACCGAAGAACACUCUGGUGUCAUCUCCUAAGUGGUCUCCUUUCUGGGAUAAUACUUCAUCAGUUCCUCCCAGUCCUUUCUGACUAUGCUGGCCACGUGUUCUUUGAUACUCUUGCAUUGCAUACUCUGCAUCUGGGAAAGAUUAAGUCAGUUGGAUUAGCUGAGCAUUUUUUAAAUCCCUCUACACAUGAGGACCUGAAGCAGAGAGUAUAG